ACAGUUUUUUUUUUUCAAAUUUGACAUAACAAUUGACACUUUACAAAACAUAAGAAAUGAGUGUUGUUUGUAUUUUCGAGGACGGAUAGAACAUACAAAUGGAAACGUCCAACAGGAUAUCAAUGGCUGUUAUAGUUAACUACGCAUAGGAUACCCAUGCGAGGUCGUCUUUUGGUGAUGAUGGACGGACUUUUAUGUAUGCAUCUUUGAAAAUUUCAUCCUGUACUGAAUUUUUGUGUAAAUGGAUACGUAGAAAAGUGACAAUGAUGUCUACAAUUAUCACAGGUAUUACCAAAAGGUGGCUAUAUUUAACAGUUUCCAUAUUGAUACUCAGUGUUAAGAAGGUCAAUGUGUACGAGGAUUCUUCUAUGUGUUUAACUGAUGUUGAAAGAGUUCCUUCUUGUUGGAAAACUGAGGAAGAAUGGCUUAUCGCAUCUGAAAGGAAAAACUGUUCCACGGUGAUUCCUAAGUGUACUCACACGGGCACCUUCAUGUAUCACUGCCUCACCAAUGCCUGGAAGAACACGACUUACGAACUUUGUGGGGUCGAUACCGAAAUCAUAGGUUGGUCCUGUGCUGAAUAUAAUGAGGGUGGUAAGAAGAUUCAAGCAAACUAUGUGAAUAGAUGCAAAGAUUUCAGUCCUGGCUGUCCCUAUAAAUACAAUUCUUCCUCCGCCUACUUAUAUCCCAAAUGUUACGAGACAUCGACUACUGACACAACAAGGGACGCAACUGUUAUUAAACAACAAUCCAGAGAUGUGACAAUUGUACAGGUGAUUACUACACCAGGGGAGGGUGUGACGUCUACAUCGCCUUUGCCUCUUGUUCUGAUGUUUUUACUGAUGUUGAUGUCCAUCCCAGCAUGCAUAUGGGGAAUUCAUAUGUUCAACAAAAGAUGGAUGCAGAAGAGAGAUAACAGAAAGACUACAGAGGAGAUCCCAAUGGUUGCCUGAUAGCGCUGCGACAUAAACAAACAACAAUAAAAUAAUAGCACCGAAAUCAACUCUCUCUCUCUCUCUCUCUCUCUCUCUCUCUCUCUCUAUAUAUAUAUAUAUAUAUAUAUAUAUACGUGUGUAUGUUUGUGUGUGUGCAUGUAUGUGUAUUUGCGCGGAUGUGUAUGUGUUUGUGUGGAAAGAAAGGGAUAUGGAGAAAGAGAUUUUAUGCAUUCGUUAAAUGUCUUUCAGAACCGGAAAUCGAAAUGACGUAAUUUCUAUUUCUUUUUCAUUUAUUUCUUUUUAUUUUGUAAGACGUUUUGUUGAAGUUACCACUCUUCCAGUGACGAUAUGAUAUAUAAUGUAAUAUAACAUACGAAAAAUGAUGCAUAAAAACAGGGGACUGUUAUGGAGACUGUAAAUAUUUAACUCAAAUCGAUGGCAUAUGAAAACAACCCAACUUCGAUCCUUACGAUGCUCCUUUCUCUGCACAUUGUACUUGCUGGUUUUUCUUUUUUGAUCGUAUGGAAGUCAUGACAACAGAAGAAUGUAUUUCCAAAUUUGGAAUAAAGUAAGAAAAUCACGA